GGAGGAACGGCACAGCAGCGGCAGCGGUGGAGCUGGUGGGACGGCCCAGCCAUGCUGAGCUGCUUGGCUUGUGGUCUUUACAACACUCUUGUUUGUGUGAGGGAGCCGUCGCCGGUGCUUUUCAGACGCCUGGCGCAAUUCUGAGACGCUCUUUUACCGGAAACGAGGGAAAAGAAGGAGAUAAGUUGUCCACGAAAGGCUGCGACAAUGGUUUUCAGCAAAACGCCCGUUUGGCUCCUUUAUUUACGGCUAAAGCCUCUUUGAUUCGAACGAUUAGCUUAGAAGCUAACUGGGAAUGUUUUCCGAAACUAGCUAGUUUAUGAGCGUAAAAGGGGGGCUGUUACAGACAGAAACUAAAUACUAAUGCUGUGUUCAGUUACCAGCUAUAAUAUAAGCUUGUCUUUUCUUUUGAUGCGGGAAACCAAAGCUAAUGUUGGGUGCGAUCCCGUGACCGGUUCGUCAUUAUUUGUUAGGGACAAUAGUUCAGUGUCCAGGCAACAAGUCCGGGAUACUCUGCUGCUGUAAUUCAUGCUAUCAUAUGUAUCGACGUUAGUUUUAAUCAGAAGCAGUGUUAUUGUUGGUCGUGUUGAAUGUGUUCGGAAAGUGGCAUUGUUCUUCUCUGAAAAAGUAGUGUCUGAAUCGAGAUGCCCAGAUUGCGGCGCUCUGUUGUGUAGAAACGAGUUACCCGGUGGCACGGCUGGCGAGGGGACGCGGUGGAUGAAUAUUAAAAAAUCGCCCACAUGCGUUGGAUCAGUUCCCGGACUUGUGAACGGCAUCUGAAGCAGAAGGAGGGAGACGCGCAACCCUUGCAGCUCGGGGGAAGAUGGCGGAGCGUUCUCGCCGGAGGUGGUGAGACCCAAACUUCGGGGCUGCUUGGAUUCAUCGCCAGACGCCUGGUCUCUAACCGUUGGACACAUGCAGGCCAAAAAACGCUACUUAAUCCUGUUGUCCGCGGGUGCCAGUCUCAUUCUGCUGUUCUGCUUUGGGGGGAUCCAAGUCCCGCUGUCCAGGCGGGGUCCCGGCCGGCGUGAUGACCACAGCCUCACCGGUUAUCACCCUGGCGCACCGUGGCGCCGUCUCCAGGGGUACCUGAAGGUUUUCAGUACCUGGGAAAAGGACCAUGACUUCCACGAAGACAUAUCUCCGAGACAGAAAAGGGACUCCAACUCGGGGCUUUUCACUGGAAGACGCUGCAGAAUGGAGUCCUGCUUUAACUUCUCUUUGUGUGAGAGGAAUGGAUUUAAAGUUUACGUUUACCCCCAGCAGAAGGGAGAGAAGCUUUCUGAGAGUUACCAGAAUAUCUUGUCCUCAAUUGAGGGGUCCAGGUUCCAUACCCCAGACCCGGCAAAGGCCUGCCUAUUUGUCCUGAGCUUGGACACUCUGGAUCGGGACCAGCUUUCGCCUCAAUAUGUUCACAACUUAAAAGCAAAGAUCCAGAGCCUUCCUCUGUGGAAUGAAGGCAGAAACCACAUCAUUUUCAAUUUAUACUCCGGCACCUGGCCAGAUUACACGGAAGAUCUGGGCUUCGACAUUGGCUUUGCCAUGUUGGCCAAAGCCAGCAUCAGCACAGAGAACUUUAGGCCCAACUUUGAUGUGUCUGUUCCCCUUUUUUCUAAAGACCACCCCAGGACAGGGGGGGAAAGGGGUUUCCUGAAACACAACACAAUCCCCCCUUAUAGGAAGUACAUGCUUGUUUUUAAAGGCAAGCGCUAUCUGACUGGAAUAGGCUCAGACACUAGGAAUGCUUUAUAUCAUGUACAUAACUCAGAGGACGUGGUUCUUCUCACCACCUGCAAGCAUGGGAAAGACUGGCAGAAGCACAAGGAUGUGCGCUGUGAUAAGGACAACGUAGAGUAUGACAAGUAUGACUACAGAGAGAUGCUGUAUAACUCCACAUUCUGUCUUGUACCUCGAGGUCGACGGCUGGGUUCCUUUCGCUUUUUAGAGGCUUUGCAGGCAGCAUGUGUGCCGGUGAUGCUAAGUAAUGGCUGGGAGCUUCCCUUCUCAGAAAUUAUCAACUGGAAUACAGCAGCUGUGAUUGGGGAUGAACGGCUGCUAUUACAGAUUCCCUCAACUGUGCGUUCCAUCCACCAGGAUAAGAUUCUGUCUCUGAGACAGCAGACACAGUUCCUGUGGGAAGCUUACUUCAACUCUUUGGAGAAGAUCGUACUAACCACUCUGGAGAUCAUCCAGGACCGGGUUCUGCUGCACGCCUCAAGAAGUAGCCUCAUGUGGAACAGCCUUCCUGGAGGACUUUUCACUUUGCCUCAAUACUCUACUAAUUUAGGAGACUUCCCCUUUUACUAUGCUAAGCUGGGUACCAAGCCAUACCCCAAGUUCACAGCAAUCAUUCACAUGGUCACCCCACUGGUCUCUCAAUCCCAGCCAGUGAUGAAGCUGCUUGUAGCUGUGGCCAAAUCCCAGUACUGUGCUCAGGUGAUAGUUCUGUGGAACUCUGACAAACCUCUUCCAGCCAAGCACCGCUGGCCUGUCACCUCUGCGCCCAUUUCUGUCAUUGAGGGAGAAAGCAAGGUGAUAAACAGCCGCUUUUUACCCUACAACACGAUCCCCACUGAUGCUGUGCUCAGUCUGGAUGAAGACACAGUGCUGUCCACCACAGAGGUCGACUUUGCUUUCACAGUGUGGCAGAGUUUCCCCGACCGCAUUGUUGGUUACCCAGCGCGCAGCCACUUCUGGGACAGUAACAAGGAGCGGUGGGGCUACACCUCCAAGUGGACCAAUGACUACUCCAUGGUGCUAACUGGGGCCGCCAUCUAUCACAAGUAUUACCACUACUUGUACACAACCUACCUUCCAGCCAGUCUGAGGACAAUGGUGGACCAGAUGUCAAACUGCGAGGACAUUCUCAUGAAUUUUCUUGUCUCAUCUGUGACUAAACUUCCACCCGUUAAAGUCACCCAAAAGAAACAAUACAAGGAGACCAUGAUGGGACAGAGCUCCCGAGCAUCUCGAUGGGCUGACCCGGACCAUUUUGCCCAGCGCCAGACGUGCAUGAACAAGUUUGCGAACUGGUUCGGCACCAUGCCGCUGAUACAUUCUCAGAUGAGGAUGGACCCCGUUUUGUUUAAAGACCAGGUUUCCAUUCUACGGAAGAAAUACAGAGACAUUGAGAGGCUAUAACCUUUCCAAAGACCCCCCUCUCCGUGGACACUACCAUGAAGGGCCAGAGGGGGUGGACACCUUAGGAAACCAGAUGACAUGCUGAUCAUUGAAGGCUGGAAGUCUAUUAAAUCUUGAGGAGGAGAGGGGUAAAGAAACUAGAACAAAUAUGGAGGAGACUUUAUUUGUUUGUGUUCUUGGUUGUUUUUGUUUGUAUCCUGUUCUCAUCUCCAUAUUUGUAUAGAGGGACUGCCGUAAAUGGGACUCAUGGCUCUCAUACAAAUAACUGGACCUUCUCCUGACCUUGUGGGUCUGUGGACUUAAACUCCAGACUGGUGGAGCCGGAAAUCAUAGCUUGCUGCUUUAGGAUGUCAACAGAACAGAAUCCAACUUCGACCUGCUGAAACUUGCGUGUGUUCUGCGCUGUACUCUAUGCACAGGUUUCUGAAUGUUUUCUAGCUGAUGGUAUAUACUAUUGAUAAUUGUGAAGAGGAUAACACUAUUUUGAAUUGUUUUGUUAUUUUUGUAUGCAGUGAAUGAAGGGCCGGUACAGCUCUACAUGUAAUGUCUUAACUAGACCCAAAUGAAAGCUGGAUUAGGAGAUGAAGUCCUUGCGACAUCCACAGUGCCUCACCAUUUAUCCAAAAGCAUCGGGGUGUGGAAAUCUUAAAAAAGAAAAACUGGCACAGAUUGCCACAUUGCUGUUUUUUUAUUUUAUUUUUGUUACUCAUCUGUGAUUUUCAGUGCAGCACGUUACAUUCUCCCAGUCGAAAGAUAAAUAUACUGUGGUAUAAAAGCAUAUAUAUAUAUUAUGUGCCAUUCUGAACAUUUUUUCUAGUAACAUCAUCACAAAGUCACAUUUCUUUUUUUUUAUUAGCAUUGUGAGAGCAGAUGUUUAAGACUGCUGUUUAGAAAAUAUUCCAUAUUCUGUUUUGAAUAAAACCAGGACAGUUGUUUCUUUCAUUUCAUUUCAAUUGAUCUAAAUAACCAUACAUUCACUACUUGAAAUCAGCCCUUGCAUUAGGUAAUUAAAAUCUCCAAUGAGUUCUAAACAACUCUACUUAAAAUAGAAAUUACUGUUAUUUUAUUUGAUACAUUAUUAAUCAAAAAAAUCCAAAUUCCUUUGCUGACAAUUAGGCCGAUAUUUCAGAAUAAAAGUUGCAGAAGUGCUUAUUUUGUAUUUUUCAUCCAAGUUGAACUUUUUUUGGUCUUUGGAAGAACAUGGGAGUAAAAAAUGGAGACGAAGAUGCACAGAGGAGGAGGGCUGGUGUCUUAGUUGUGUUAAAGUGUUUGCAGCUUGAAAGCAAAUACACACUUUUGCUAAGUAAACAUGGUGCUUUAAGAGUCCAAUUUUAAACAUGACCUUUGUGCAAUAUUUAAGAGUACAUUUUUCUUUUCCUUCAUUACAUGUAUGUUACGGUGGGGCAUUGGAUAUAUUCUUUAUGAAUGUGCCUUCUAAGGAAUUACAGUUCACAAUUUUUCUUUUUUUUUUUCCAGUUUGAAGCAAAUAUGACCCUUUCUUUGGUUUAAUUUAAAGCAUUUUUGUGUGGUUGUCUUCCUUUUAGAGCAUAUAACACAAAUGUGUAUAACACUUGGAUGCUCCUGAGAUUUGCCAUCACACCUCUUAAUUAUUGACAUUCCGGCUUUCCCUAUGUGGAGAUGUUUGCCGUCUUGUGACAGUCAUUGUAUUGUACUGCUUUGCUACACAUGCUAGACCCCAGGAGCUCUGUAUGUCACAGUUAAAAUAGUACAUGUAGUUCUUUCUCCCACAGAAUAUUUAUCAAGAUGAGAUCAAGACUGGGAUUCAUCAGUUUCCUUCGCACUGCUGGAACUGCUGACAUGCUUUGAAUUACGACAGUGGAAAAAUCGUCAAAGAAAGUCACAAUUUUGUAAAUGAGUUUUUAUAAAAACUAAUUUUUUCAAAAACACAAAAUAAAAGUUUUGAUAAGAAA